AGCUAUGGCUAGACGCAAUGCUCGCAACAGGCAACCAUCUCCAUCCCCGCCUCCUUUGCCUCGUCAGCAUGCUCCACCCGAUCCAGACCGAGAUUUUCCGAGGCUUAUUAUUCAGUUCCAGGGCAUGCAUCCGCCUACCUUCACGGGGACUGAGAGUCCCACUGCUGUGUUGGAGUGGAUCAAGGAGUUGGAUAAGAUCUUCUCUGUGCUUUCUCUCACUCAGCCACAGCGCGUCUCUCGUGCUGGCUUUCAGAUGAAGAUGGACGCUUCGGAUUGGUGGAUUGAUUACUGGGCCUUGAGGCCAGAGGCAGAGCGCAAUGUCCUCACCUGGGAGCAUAUGAAGGAUAUCGUCCGAGAUAAAUUUCUUCCCCAGAGUUUCCGUGAUCGCAUGGAGCAGGAGUUUUGGCAUCUUCAGCAGGGGAACGCCAGCGUGGACGAGUACACGCGCAAUUUCACUCGCAUGAGCAUCUUCGCUGGUGAAAUGGUGAAUACUGAUGCGAAGAAAGCCCGUAAAUAUCUGAAGGGGCUGAAUCAGCAUAUUCGCGAGCUUGUAGGGAGCCAUGGAGCAAUGCCUUAUGCCGAUACCGUUCUGCGAGCUCAGGAGGUUGAGAGUUGUUUGAUUCCGAUAGCUCCAGUGCACUCCUACUAUCAUGCUUCUCAGACCACUCAGACUGCACCUUCGCUCAUCUCUCAGUCACCUGUCAUUCCUCAGACUUCUUACCAGUAUCCUGCCCCGUUCUCUUCAGCUCCCCCGUCCUCUA